AUGUAUGUAUCAGUAAGUGACACCAUCAGAAGUAUAGAAGACAUUGGCAACCAAAGCUUCACUAGGUAUACAACUGAAUGUCUUGUGGAGAGAACUGAACCAUUGGAUACACCCAUAAAACGCCACAAGAUCGCAAUGUUUAGCAGCAAAAUACCCAAAAGAACAAAUCAGAAAUCUCAAAUCAAGAAAAUGAGAAAUGACUGUGAUUUAUUCUCCAAAUUAUACAUCACAUGCCAGACAAGAAACAUUGAUCUUGAUGACUUUCUCAUGCAUGAGAACCAGGAGUAUCCACCUUCACUGGCAAAGUAUGGUGUCCUCAGAAAUGGUGAGAAAUCAGAGCUACUUAACUGCAUGGAGGAUAUUGUCCCUUGGGGAAAAGAUAGGCCUGUUGUUGCUGAAAUAAUAGAUGGUGCAUGUUCAGUACACCUUCUAGAACCAACUACAGCAAAGACCGUUGAGGAUUAUGCCACUGAUGUUUUCCUUCCCUACAUCCAAGGUUAGCUGCAACAUGUUGAUCGCCUCGAUAUAAUUUGGAAUGAGUACCUGGCAAGGAGCCUGAAGACGAUGACGAGACAGAAGCGUGGGAAAGGUGACAGAAGGAUGACCUUCACGUAUCUUGGUAACACUGUGCCCAGAAACUGGCAGUCUUACUUGAGAGAUGACUCCAACAAGCAACAGUUGUUUGGUAGUUAGCCUACAAACUAUCAAGUCUUCCAUUAGAUGCAUAUAAACAGAUUGUGACCAAUAUUGGUGAGAAGGUGAUUUGCAAUCCUGCAAUUAGUGAUACAAAUGACUUGGAGCCAUGUUCUCAUGAAGAAGCAGAUACCAAAAUGUUUGUCCACAUUGCCCUUAUGGCUAGAAGAGGGUUUGCCAGAAUACUUAUCAGAAGCAAUGAUACUGAUAUAGUUGUCCUUGCUGUAGCUGCCUCUGCCCAACUAGGUAUUAGCAUAUGGGUUGCAUUUGGAACUGGGAAAAACUAUAGGUAUUUGGCUGCUCAUGAGAUGGCAAGAGCUCUUGGACCUACCAAAUCUGAAUGUCUCCCUGUUUUCCAUGC